AUGCCGGCGACGACGACAUCGGCCCCCAGCCAAACCCCCGGCCAAACCCCGGUCGUCAACAUCACGGCCGCACACAUCAUCAAGUUCGCCAACCCCAAGAGCGUAGACCACCUCCCGUCGCCUUUCCGAUUUGGGCCCUUGGAUCACUUUGCCCAUACUGCCGUCCCCACCGAUCUGGUCUACGUCUACGAGAAGCCCGAUUUCCUUCAGGCCAGGGAUUUUAUUCCCAUCGCACGACUGCGUGACGCCAUCAGCAACCUCCUCAACUACUACCCCCAUUUGACGGGCCGCCUCGCCGUUGACCCUUCCAAUGGCGUCCGGAGUAUCACCAAGCUGGGCACGGGCGUCUCCCUGUUUGAAGCAUCUUGCGACCAGCCGCUGUCGCCGUCUCCAGAUCAUGAGCAUAUUGAGAUGACCGAUCUCCCAGGGGCAGGCGAAGCGCUGAUUCCUCCCUCAUUCCCUACAGAAGCGAUGCUGGCUACUACGGCUCACUGGGAUCCCUCUAUCGACGAGGAAACGGGCAUCCAGCGCGGUCCCCUUCUGGUGAUCCAACGUACCCAGUUCAAGUGCGGCGGUGUCGCCAUCGGGUAUCGCAUCUCCCACGCCGUCUGCGCCGCAGAGGGGUGCAUUCAUCUAUACCAAGAUCUGUGCGAAAUCUACCGCAAGCUUUCUCGUUGUGAAGCCGGGGUCCUUGACCUCCCACCGCACAUCAUCCCCUUUGCCGCCGACCGAAUAACCACCCCCAACGAGGAAUCACAAAAUCAUGCCAUUGAAAAUCCGCCCUUGGGCUACCUAGUCUCCUUCCAUCCAGGCGAAGCACUAGGCGGCGAUGCCGACAAGCACAUGAAGAGUACAGUCUCUUCAGACACUGCUGUCCAAGAACCUCCCAAGGCUAUUGCCGACACUUAUCUGCACUACUCCCCCUCUGAACUUGCCAACCUCAAAAUCAAAGCUACCAACCCCAACGACUCCGACUCCUGGGUAUCCACGUUUGAAGCCCUCCUUGCCCACCUGUGGCAGCAAGCCCACCAGGCCCGCGUCCGCGCCGCUUCCGAUCAAGCCCAUCGUAUGCCCACCGGCGACCCCAAAAGCGUCCCGACACCCAGCUUUUGGACCAACAUCAACUUUUCCCAUUCCAACCGCCUCGACCUCGCUGGACAAAGCAAGGGGAUGGGAAAGAGUCAUUACUUUCCCAAUGCCGUUCUUCCCGUUUUCUUGACCGUGGCUGAGGACGAUACGAUUGACUUGUACGAUGCCCCGCUCUGGCAGGUGGCCAAACUAGUACACGAGGCGAUACGCCAUCCCGAGACUGCCAGCACCGAAUACGCGUUGGCGGUCACCAACUGGAUGUGUGACUUGCCCGACAAGCGCCUGGCCAAAGUCGACUUCAACCUGUUUGCGACGUGGUGCUUUGUGAAUACGGAUUGGAGCAAUAGUACUGGUGGUGAAAGUGGAAGUGGUGGUAGUGGUGGUCCCAGGGGAUCCGGAAUCAUCCUCGCAAAGACCAAAAGCAGAUUGACAUCCAGCGCCGCAGUACUCGGGUCCGGAACCGCACCAGAAGAAACGAGAGCAGCAGGGGCCCCAACCUGCGCCGGUGAUGCCGGGACAGAUGGUGGAGUUGCCGCAUUGGCCGUUGGUGGUGAUGAUUCCAGUGGGGAUGGGGACGAAACUACUGCUGCUGCUGCUGCUGCUGCUACUGCUGCUGCUUCUGGUGGUACUGGUGCUGCUGCGUGUCGAGGUAAUGCUGGUGGUGGUGGUGGAUGUGCUGCUAGUCGACCUUACGGUGGUCGACGUCGUAGUGGUAGAGGUGGUAGCCACGGGUCGAGGCCAUCCACAGACACCAUAAGCAGGCUGGCAAUCAAAGCCCGGGUAGCAGUGGUCUACGGUGUCGCCACAGUAGCCGUACUCGGAACAGCAGAGGCUGUCGGGGCAGCGGCCAUAGUCGGCUCCGCAUCGGCCGGUGGUGGUUUGACGGAUAUGAACCGGUUCGUGGGGGGAAUCGUCAAGACCUAG